AUGACAAAACAAUCGAAUAGUCACUUCCAAUUAAAAUACGAAAUAUUUACUGAAGAUGAUUUUAAAACCUCUGCCUAUCCUAACUUCAACGUCGAGUUCACGCUUCCAAAAACAUUAAUUUUAUUAUUGUGGGUGUUUGGCAUGCUGAAAAUUGUCAGGGAUGUGAGAUUAUCUUCAGUGGAUAUCUAUCAUUUUAUAAACUUCUGA